UUUACAUUUAUAUUAAGGAAAAAAGCCUUCAAGGGGUAUGUCAGAAGUUAUAGAGCAUUUAUCUCUAAUUAUACAGAUCCUAGUAUUUUAUUUGAAAAUGUUAGACAUACUAUUUAUAAUAUUUUGACUAAUGAUGAUUUAAUUUCAAGGAUGAAAUUUUUAUUAAAUCUAAAGAUAAAAUUUAUAAAAUAUUCAGAAAAUGAAACUAUUACGUAUCAGGAUGUGUUUUUCUCCAGUCGAGUAGAACAUAUUUUAUCUCGGUAUAUGAUCGAUGAAAGGUUAACAAAUGCUUUUGAUACAAUUUUAAACUUCAUUGAUCAGUUUAUAAAAAACGGAUCAGGGUGGAUAAUUAAGGAAAUUAUAUUUUUAGAUAUUCAUUUAGGAAUUUAUAAGGCUGAGAGUGGUGGAUGUGGUAAUAUCAUCCUACCAAAACAUUUAAUUAAUAAGCGUUGUUUGUUGAAUAUUAAAUGUAGUGAUAAUCAAUGUUUUUUAUACUGCGUAAUUGCUAGUUUGUAUCCAAAUACUAACAACAAAAAUUCGAUUUAUUCGUACAGGAAAUUUUUGAAAUAUUUAAAUACAAAUACCCUAAAAUUUCCAGUAAAUAUUAAAAAUAUUCCAUCAUUUGAAAAAAAUAAUAGUUUAAAAAUUCAAGUAUUUGGAUAUGAAAAAAAAAUAAUUUAUCCUAUUUAUAUAAGUAAAUAUCAGUUCGAAAAAGAAAUUAAUUUGUUAUUAUAUAAAUCCCAUUAUUUUCUAAUUAGAAAUUUUAACAGACUAUUGUCAGAAAAAUCAGGAAUACGAAAAUUUUGUAAACGAUGUCUUAUAGGCUUUCAAAGAAGCCAUACUUUAAAUGAGCAUGUGAAAAUAUGUUCUAAUUAUAAAUAUCAGAAAGUUUCUACCCCGACUGGAGAAAGAGCGGUUGCUAAAUUUACUAAUUACGAGAAGCAAUUAUAUCACCCCAUAGUAAUUUAUGCUGAUUUUGAAUCGAUUCUAGAAGAAGUUGAUGUAAACGCUGUAGAUCUAAAUUCUAGUUUCACUAAAACUAUUCAGAUUCAUAAACCUAUAUGUUAUUCUAUCGUUAUUAUAGAAAAUGAUGAUGAUUUAUUCUAUUCUAAUUUUUAUUGUGGUAAAGAUGCUGUUAAGCAUUUUUUAUUUGAUAUCCAGAAUCAAUUAAAAUUUUUAUUAGAUAAAAUAAAUAGUUAUGUAGAAAUGAAUGUGGAUACUAUUCCCGAUAAUUACGAACAUCGGUGUCAUAUAUGUGAGGAGGGGUUUAAUUAUGAUGAUAUCAGAGUAAGAGAUCACGAUCACUUAACAGGUGAUUUUCGCGGAAUAGCUCAUAACCAUUGUAAUUUAAAUUAUAGAUUCAAAAAAUUUAUUCCUAUUAUACUACAUAAUUUUACAGGUUAUGACUCCCAUCUGAUUUUCAAAAAUAUUCCUCCUAAACUAUUUUCGAGAAUUCAGAUUAUCCCAGUUAAUUCAGAAAAAUUUACUACGUUUACUUUAGAUCAUUUCAAAUUUAUAGACAGUUUCCAAUUUUUAAAUUCUUCGCUAACUACUUUAACAGAAAAUUUAAAAAAUGCAAAUUAUAAUUUUCCUAUUUUUAAUCAAUUUUUCUAUAAUAACGAAAAUAAAAAUUUAUUAAAAAGGAAAGGAAUUUUCCCAUAUUCUUAUUUUAAAAAUGAGGAUAUUUUAUACGAGAAAUGUUUACCCCCAAAAAAAUAUUUUUAUAACGAAUUAUCUGGAGAAAAUAUUAGCGAUGAUGAUUAUGAUCAUGCAAAAUUAGUUUGGAAAAAAUUUCGUUGUAAAAAUUUUAAAGAUUAUUUAAAAUUAUAUCAAUAUGUUGACACUUUAUUACUAGCUGAUAUAUUCCAAAAUUUUAGAAAAUUAAGUUUAAAAUAUUAUAAUUUAGAUCCAGUAUAUUUCAUAACAGCUCCAGACUUAACAUGGAAUUGUGGAUUAAAAAUGACAAAAAUUCAACUCGAAUUAUUUAAAGAUAUUAAUAUGUACCUUUUUAUUGAACAAGCAAUUCGCGGCGGAAUUAGCCUAACUUCGAAAAGAUUCGCGAGGGCCAACAAUCCUCUAAUUCCAGAAACCUAUGAUAAAAAUCAACGACAUAACUAUAUUAUUUCGAUAGAUGCUAAUAAUCUCUACGGAUUUGUGAUGAGUUCUUAUUUACCUGUAAAUAAUUUCAGAUGGUUAUCUGAGGAUGAGAUAAAUGCUUUAGACAUUUGUAAUAUUCCCGAUAGGAAUAAUAUAGGCUAUAUUUUAGAGGUUGAUUUAAAUUAUCCACCAAAUGUUCAUGACCGCCAUAAUGACUUACCAUUAGCUCCUAAUCAUACAUAUAUUCCAUUCGAUUUAUUAUCAAAUUAUCAAAAAUCGGUAUUAACUAAAUUAAAUUUAAAAUAUAAUAAUAAUAAUAAGAAAUUAAUUCCAACUUUGUUUGAUAAACAAAAUUAUGUAAUUCAUUAUAGAAAUUUAAAAUUUUAUUUAGAAGAGGGUUUAAUAUUAACUAAAAUUCAUCGAGUGCUUGCAUUUAAUCAAGAACCAUGGCUUAGAGAUUAUGUAUUGUUUAAUAAUAAAAAACGGCAGGAAUCAACGAAUGAUUUCGAUAAAAGUUUUUUCAAGUUAAUGAACAACAGUUUUUUCGGUAAAACCUGUCAGAAUGUGAGAAAGCGUUUAAAUUUAAAAACAGCCAUGACUGAAAAUCAAUGUCGAAAGUAUUUAUCUCACUCAGCUCUCGAAAAUUUCCAAAUUAUUAAUAAUAAUCUCACGAUUUUUCAAAUGAAAAAAAUUAACUUAUGUUCGGAUAAACCGAUUUAUAUAGGAUUUUGUGUAUUAGAAUUAAGUAAAUUGCAUAUGUAUCAAACAUUUUAUAAAAUAUUUAAAAAUAAAUAUGGUGAAAAUGUGGACUUGUUAUAUACAGAUACUGAUUCGCUAAUGCUUCAAAUUUAUACGAAUAAUUUAUAUAACGACUUUAAAUCAUAUCCAGAUAUUUUUGAUUUAAGCAACUACCCUAACAUGCGUGAAUUAUUUGAUGUAACAAAUAAAAAUAAGCUCGGAUAUUUUAAAGACGAGACCGCGUCUAAACCUAUAAUAGAAUUUUGUUCAUUAUAA